AUGCCACCACUACACCUGUCUUCAAGGUUCACUUCUAUACCUCAUCCUCUCAUAAACCUCACCGCCACAAAAAGACCAAUCUCCUCCACCGCAAUCACCAUGUCCCUCUCUUCUUCACCAUCACCAUCAAUAGCGAACAACCCCAAAGAACACAAAGACACAGAAAAACUAAUAGCCCAAGUCUUAAAAUACCACAACCAAACCAAACACUUCUUUACUAACUAUGCUAGAGGCCCUCGUGGUCUUGACUGGGCUAACCAGCCUAACCCAUUUAGACGUUACAUUUCUUCUCCACUUUUCUCCCUCCUUCACUUCCCCAUUGAAAAUAAUCAAAAUUCUGCUCCUUUGUAUCAUUCUCUUUUUAAUUCACUUCCAUCUCCAUAUCCCAUUUCUAAAACCUCAAUUUCUCAGUUGUUUUACGAUUCUUUAGCUUUAUCUGCUUGGAAAACUACUGGGUUUUCUACUUGGUCUCUCAGGGUAAAUCCCAGUAGUGGCAAUUUGCAUCCGACAGAGGCUUAUAUUAUUAGCCCAGCAAUUGAUUCAUUUUGUGAUUCUGCUUUUGUAGCACAUUAUGCACCAAAAGAGCAUUCUUUAGAACUUAGAGCGAAAAUUCCAGAUACUUUUUUGCCUAGUUUUUUUCCGAGUGAUGCGUUUUUGAUUGGGUUUUCAUCCAUUUUUUGGCGGGAGGCGUGGAAAUAUGGAGAGAGGGCGUUUAGGUAUUGCAAUCAUGAUGUGGGUCAUGCUAUUGCUGCUAUUUCAAUUGCUGCAGCUGAGCUUGGUUGGGAUGUGAAGUUGCUUGAUGGGUUAGGGUUUAAGGAGUUAGAGAGGCUAAUGGGGCUUGAAAUUAAUCAGGGGUUUCGAAUCCCAGACAAGCCAAUUAAAGGUAAGUUUCCUGAGAUUGAAUUUGAGCAUCCAGAUUGUGUGCUUGUUGUUUUUCCUAAUGGUGUUAAUGAUUUUAAUGUGAAUUAUAAGGAAUUGAGCUCGGCAAUAAUGGAAUUUGGGAAUUUUGAGUGGAUAGGGAAGCCAAAUUCGCUUAGUAAAGAGCAUAUUUGUUGGGAUGUAAUUUAUAGAACUGCAGAAGCUGUUAAAAAGCCCUUAAAGAUAUAUGAUAGGUUUUUGGUUGAUAAAUUUCAGAGCAGUGGGAUUUGUAGUGAAGGGUCUUAUAGGGGUUUUAGUGUUAGGGAAGUUGUUAGGAAGAGGAGGAGUGCAGUGGAUAUGGAUGGAGUUACUAAAAUGGAGAGAGAUACAUUUUAUCAGAUUAUGUUGCAUUGUCUUCCUUCUGGUCAUGGAAGUGGAGAGAAGCAGAAGAGGCAAUUAGCAUUGCCAUUUCGGGUGCUUUCAUGGGAUGCUGAGGUGCAUUCAGUUUUGUUUGUGCAUAGAGUGGUUGGGUUGCCGAAAGGGUUGUAUUUCUUGGUGAGGAAUGAAGAUCAUUUGGAUGAGCUUAAGAAAGCCACAAGGGCUGAGUUUAAGUGGGAGAAACCAGAGGGAUGUCCUGAUGACUUGCCCUUGUAUGAACUUGCAAGGGGUGAUUGCCAGCAGAUUGCCAAACAGCUUUCGUGCCAUCAGGAUAUUGCUGGUGAUGGGUGCUUCAGCCUUGGUAUGGUGGCUCAUCUUGAGCCUACUUUGUGCAGCAAGGGUGCUUGGAUGUAUCCCCGGUUGUUUUGGGAGACUGGAGUUCUUGGCCAGGUUUUGUACCUCGAAGCACAUGCAGUCGGCAUUUCUGCUACUGGGAUUGGUUGUUUCUUUGAUGAUCCUGUGCAUGAAAUUCUUGGACUACGAGGAUCAAACUUUCAGAGUCUGUAUCAUUUCACUGUUGGAGGCCCUGUUUUGGACAAGCGGAUAAUGAGCCUGCCAGCUUAUCCUGGCCCGAGCGUCGAUGCUUGA